UCGCGAACUUCGCGUUGGUAAAAACAGAAGAUUUUGCACCCGAGAAGCGGAUUUAUGUGCGUUGGUGCGUAAGCAAUCGACCACCUCGUCCUGGCAGAAAAUGGCACGGCGCAACGUGUGGACGUCGGAGGAAACCAGAACGCUGCUGUCGAUAGUCAAGGAACGAGAUUUGAUCAAAGCGUUCGGCGAGGAGCAAAACAAAAAACUGUACAACCUCGUCCACGAAGAAAUGUGUAGACGCGGGUACCCGGACAAGGGCGCGUUCCAGAUCGAGCACAAGUGGAAGAAUCUGAAGCGGGUUUACUACAAAACGAAACGCGAAGACUACCUAACGGAAUCGUGCGAAUUUUUCGACGAGCUCGACGAGUUGAUGUCAAUGAAACCACCUCCGGUAAAGAAAGCGAAAGUUUCUAGCGAGACGAAACGACCCCGUGCGGUGCUGGAAAACUUUGACAAACUCCUGACAAAGGUAGCCGUCAUCGAGCGGGAAAACAACGAAGAGUUCUUCCGCAAACAGAAGGAUCUGGUCAACUACGAGUUUGAGCUGUACACGCAAGACGAGCGGUUGUUCGCGAAGAAACUGUCCCAGCUACUCGAGAAGAGCGCCGAAGACUUUUGUAACCGAGCCCAGCGGAUACUGAUUGAAGAAGGCGUGAUCGCGGGAACCUUGCCGGAGGUCGAUAUAGAAGAGGAGAAACUGGAGCUGGCGGAAGCGGAGAAAGUGGGGCUGGCGGAAGCGGAAAAAUCCGAUGCUGUCGAAGAUAAUGGAGUGCUGGAGAUGGAGGAACCAGCGGACCAAAUCAUUGAACAGCUGGAGGAAGAAACUGUCGAUACCGUUGAUGAGGUCGUGGAAGAGGAUGCGGAGGAGGAAGUGUACGAGAAGAAAGAAAUUGUCAAGGAGUUCUAUCAGACCUGGAAAGAAGAGGAGCAGUUUUGAAUCGUAUCACCCACGAAACUUUGACACCUGAAACUGUGUGAAACUUGGAACGUUAAUAAAUUAUGCCGAU